AUGCCUGUCAAAAGUCGUUAUUCCGAUCUGGACCUCCCACUGGUUGACAUCUUCUCCUUCUUGUUCAAACGCAAAGAUUGCAAGUUUCCGGACAACCACCCGAUUUUCCGAGAUGGCCUUACCAACGAGACGUACACCUUCGGCCAUGUCAAACAGCUUGCGGAACAGUUCGGUAAAGGUCUAAGGUCUCGUCAUGACUGGAAGAAGGGCGACGUGCUGGCAAUAUCCUCAUUGAACGAUAUUGACAUGCCCCCCAUCAUUUUUGGAACGUUGUGGGCUGGAGGAGUCGUGUCGACCUCGAAUCCAGACUGGACGGCCAGGGAGCUCUCUCAUCAGCUUCGGGAUAGCGGCGCAAAGUAUGUCGUCUCGCAGUACGCCAACAUCGAGGUAGUCAAGGAGGCAUGCAGUGCGGCAGGCAUUGCAGAGGAUCACAUCCUUCUUCUAGGGGCCAAGAGAGACCCCACAGGGCGGUUAAAGCACUGGAAAGGAGUCCGGAAUCUGAGCGUUGCCACGAGGUAUGCGGCAAGCAAGAUCAAUCCCAAAGUCGACGCCGCCUUCUUGGCCUAUUCAUCAGGGACCACCGGGAAGCCCAAGGCUGUCAGGCUCACUCACUACAACAUCACCUCCAACGUCCUUCAGCUACAGGUAGCUGAAGGUUUCAAUCUGACCUGGGACGGUAGCCGGACCGUUCGAGACAUUCCCCUUCCAGAGCCAGGAGCCGGGGGCGACAAGAUCCUGGCUUGCCUCCCAUUCUUUCACAUCUACGGGUUGAUGGUUCUCGUCCACAGUCCCUUGUACUCGGGCGUGACAACUGUCGUGAUGCCACGCUUUGACUUGGACAGAUGGUGUCGGUUGGUACAGGAGCAGCGAAUCACCUUCUCCUACAUCGUGCCUCCCAUCGUCCUUCAUCUAGCCAAGCACCCUGUGGCAUCAUCCUACGAUCUCUCCAGCCUGCGUAUGACGCAUUCAGGCGCCGCACCUUUGGCGCGCGAGCUUAUCGAACAAGUGUACAAGAAGCUGGGGGUCCGCAUCAAGCAGGGCUAUGGACUCUCAGAGACCAGUCCCUGCUUGUACCAGGGCUCCUGGGAUGAGUGGGAUGUCGACAUUGGAAGCUGCGGUGCCCUGCUGCCGAAUCUGGAAGCCAAGAUCUGUGAGCCUUUUGACUCCUGUGGCGGAGACGCUGAGGUAGCGGCGGCAAGAGAGCUCCAGGUGGGCCAGGUGGGAGAGCUGCACGUCAAAGGCCCGAAUGUGUUUGAUGGCUACAUCAAUCAAGCCAAAGAGACGGCCGAGUGCCUGAGCCCGGACGGGUGGUUUCGCACCGGAGACAUUGGAUACAUCAACGACAGGGGGCAUUUGUACAUCACAGACCGCGUCAAGGAGCUAAUCAAGUAUAAAGGCUUCCAGGUCGCACCUGCCGAGCUGGAAGGCUGUCUCCAUGAAUUCCCGGGUGUUGUUGACUGUGCCGUGAUGGGUGUGUACAGCGAGGAGCUGGCCACUGAGGUUCCGCGAGCCUACAUCGUGACUGAGGAUGCUUCCAAGCCACUGGAUAUCGGCCAGCUACAGAAGUGGCUCAGUACCCGCGUGGCAAACUACAAGAAGCUAAGAGGUGGUGUGAAACUGGUACAAAAGAUACCAAAAAGCGCGAGCGGAAAGAUUCUCAGGAGGGUUUUGAAGGAGAAUGCGAGGGAGGAGUUUGAGGCAAAGAGACCAUCGAAGCUAUAG